AUGGAUCUCAGCGCGGCCCAGCGCAACAACAACAACAAGGGCAACAGCUGGAAGAAGAACAUCAAGUACUACAACUGCAACAAGAACGGACACCUUACAAAAGAAUGCAGAGCACCUAAGAAGGAACUCUUCCAGCCGUACCCCAAGAACCCCAGCAGAACGGGAUACGACACCACUAGAGUGAAGAACAUCAGUGGACCCCCGAAUCAACGAACCAUCGCUGUAGGAUACAGAAGCAACAGCAAACUCGAGCGCAAGGCUCAAGAACAACUCAACAGCCUCCUAGAACACGGGGCCCUCAAAGAAAACGGACAGUUUGAGACGUCUGAAUACAUCGGCCUCGAACAAGAACCAACCUAUGACUUGGAUGAGCCUCGCGACGUUGCACGACAACGUGCUCAGACGGUAGCCAUCUAUGGGCGCAAACCCAGCAUUAAUGACACCAGCUCUGAAGAGGACUCUGACGAUGAAACCACUAGGACCAGCAAACGCCUUUGGUACUAG